AUGUUAAAGGAAAAGGAUAAACUCAAGGACAACGGGAGAGACGAGGAGAGGGAUGGAAGGAAAGAGACGGAAAGAAAGAGGGCUCAGGGUCUGUGUCUCGUAGCUCGCGGUACAGGAGCAGCCCAAGUCGAAGCAUCACCUCAGGAUCAUCGCCCAUACCCAACGUCAAGCUCAGCGACGAAGCUGCCAACGAGAUUGAAGGAACGCACUGAUGUGGGCAAAUCACUCGACGCACCGAGGUCCUGCUGUUCAAAGGGGAAUGUUGAAGCACAUCCUGUCGUGUCAGCCAGGCGGCAGAGAUGGUGA